AUGCUUCUUACUCUUGAGGAAAAAGAUCCACGAAGAAUCUUCGAAGGCGAAGCUUUCAUGAGGAGGAUGAACAGCGUGGACCCACCCGAUGUAAUAAAUAUUUCACCUUGUGCCAGAAUGAAGUGCUGGAUAGAUCCAUUUUCUAUGGCCCCACAAAAAGCUCUUGAAACAAUCGGAAAAACAUUGAGUUUCCAGUAUGAAAGGUGGAAACCCAAGGCCAAAUACAAGAUUCAGUUAGCUCCUACAGUGGAAGAAGUGAAGAAACUCUAUACUACAUGUCGUAAAUAUGCCAAAUCUGAAAGGGUUCUUUUCCAUUAUAAUGGUCAUGGUGUACCUAAACCAACGGCCAAUGGUGAAAUUUGGUUUUUUAACAGGUAUAUUCCAUUGCCUAUCAGCGACCUUGACUCAUGGCUCAAGACUCCCUCCAUAUAUGUUUUUGAUUGUUCUGUUGCAGGGGUGAUUGCCAAUGCCUUCAUAGAGGGUAUGUUUGAUGAUUUAAGCUCAUCAGAAUGUGUUCUUGAUUUGAUAUUUUUCAUCAUUGUUUUUCUUGGCAACUUUAAGCAGACAAAGGUUUUGACAAGAGUAUUUCAGGACAAGAUGAAAGUAUUCCCCAAUAUGUUACCUUUUACUCUUCAGGACACGAUGAAAAAACAGGAAGCAUUGAAAAGAAAGCUAAAUGCAAGAAUAAAAUAUGCAAAGUUUCUUCAAGACACAGUUAAAGAGAUGGCAAAAGAGAUCCAAAACAACAAGAGUGGAGAAGUUAAGAAAACAACAGAGGAUCUUGAUGAAUUUCUUAGUGUAUGGGAUAGCUUCAUAAACCAAAUAUUUAGGCCAGUAUACAUGGGCAAUGGGCCCAUGGCCACUAAAAAGGUGCCCUUUUAUAGUAAUGUAGUAUUAGGUUAUAUAGUUAGGGAAAACCUCUUAAUAACAAUUUACAAUUAA